ACAUAAUCUAAGGCUCACGCCCAAGUCUCUGAACCCCUCUGUGUGUGCUAGUUCCUGUGUGGUUUGCCUACAGACUGCUGGGCUGCCAGGGGCAGUCUGGAGGAAGGAGUGAGGUGGGGAGGAGGAGGCACUGCUAAUGGAUCUGUAAGCACCCUCUCUCAGUGUGGUGCUUGGAAGACUGUGCAAGGUGGAUCUAUACUCUGAAAUGCAGUACGUUUGAUAGUUUGACUCAUCUUCCUUCUUGCAAGAGAGAAGUCUAGUAACUCCGUGCCAAAGCCAAGACAAACUCAACCUCUUUGCUUCCAAAAGCUUCGGGUUACACCAUGGAAGCUGUCGCCAAGUUUGAUUUCACCGCCUCAGGUGAGGACGAACUGAGCUUUCACACUGGAGAUGUCCUGAAGAUUUUAAGUAACCAAGAGGAAUGGUUCAAGGCGGAGCUUGGGAGCCAAGAAGGAUAUGUGCCUAAGAAUUUCAUAGACAUCCAGUUUCCUGAAUGGUUUCACGAAGGCCUCUCACGACACCAGGCAGAGAACUUACUCAUGGGCAAGGAGGUUGGUUUCUUCAUCAUCCGGGCCAGCCAGAGCUCCCCAGGGGACUUCUCCAUCUCUGUCAGGCAUGAGGAUGAUGUUCAGCACUUCAAGGUCAUGCGAGACAACAAGGGUAAUUAUUUCCUGUGGACUGAGAAGUUCCCAUCCCUAAAUAAGCUGGUGGACUACUAUAGGACGACUUCCAUCUCCAAACAGAAGCAGAUCUUCCUAAGGGACAGAACCAGAGAAGAUCAGGGUCACCGAGGCAACAGCCUGGACAGAAGGUCCCAGGGAAGCCCGCACCUCAGUGGAGCUGUGGGAGAAGAAAUCCGGCCUUCCAUGAACCGCAAGCUAUCGGAUCACCCGCCAGGCGUCCCCUCGCAGCACCAGCACCAUCACCAGCAGGCACCCCUGCAGUACGGCCCCGCACUGCAGCCCCCUCAGCAGCGCUACCUGCAGCAUCACCACUUUCACCAGGAGCGCCGAGGAGGCAGCCUUGACAUAAACGACGGGCACUGUGGCACCAGCCUGGGCAGUGAAAUGAAUGCGGCCCUCAUGCACCGGAGGCACACAGACCCGGUGCAGCUGCAAGUGGCUGGGCGAGUGCGGUGGGCUCGGGCCCUGUACGACUUUGAGGCCUUGGCGGACGAUGAGCUGGGAUUCCACAGCGGAGAGGUGGUUGAGGUUCUGGAUAGCUCCAACCCAUCCUGGUGGACCGGCCGACUACACAACAAGCUGGGCCUCUUCCCUGCCAACUACGUGGCACCCAUGACGAGAUGAACCCUUCGGGGGGCCAGAGGCAUUUUGUCUGAAGCUUCCCACAAGAGGGGACAAGGAAAAAAGGCUGGACUGCUUGACUACAUACACACACAUACACGACAUUUUGUAAUAGUAAUUUAUUGGCAACUGGGAUGGUUAAUUAGUUGAUAUGAAAAGGAGCUUGGGUAGAGAAUGAUAUUCAUACUUACUUUUCUAUUCCCCUCAGGGUUUGCAGAAGGCAGUAGGGGCGGGGAGGGGGGUGCAGGGAAAUCAAA